UUACACUUCACAUCAUAACGCUCAAAUUAGAGAGAAAUGGUUACAGUAGGUGUGGAGAUGUGUAAAGUGGUCGUAGUUAUGUGUUUAAAGGUUGCGUUUUUGUUUGAAUUCUGCGAUUUUCAUUUCAUAUGGUAGCAUGAGUUUAUCAGUGACACAUCACCACUACCUCUUCGUCCUUGAUGAUUUGCUCAUAAAUAAUGCUUAGAAAUCCCCCUGGAUGUUGAAGAAAUAACAUUACUUUUUCCCCCUGCAGUACUGUUUCAGUGUUUGUCAGCCAUGGAAGACUUAAUUUCUUUUUCUGAUUCAUCAGUUACAGAAAAAUACAACACAUCAAAUCACAACAGUUUAGAUUUUGAAGGCUUUUUAGGAUCGAAGUCUAAUCAAAACCUGCCUAUACAGUUUUUAUCAUAUAUGCCACCUGCUUUAACAGUUGACUGUACAAAUUUAGUUCCCACAAUUCAUGGCAGUCUUCAGUAUUCUUGGGCACAGUUGCCAUCAUUUUGUCCUCAAAGACCCAGUGUUCCACCUUUGGGAGCACAGCAUUUGCCACAAAUCUUUCACCAUCCCUUUCAUACAGAUACAUACAGGUUUGCUGCUUCCAAUACUUGCUCAUAUACUAUGCAACACAGUAAUUCUACUCCAGAGCUAGCCAAUUCCUGGAUAAGUCAUGAAGAUGGUUCUAAAUCCACAUAUGCCAAAGAUGAUUGCCCUCAAAGACAGUUAUAUUCUGAUAGAAAUUUUUCCAAACAAACCAGUAAAAUGAAUUGCACUGAAAAAGAAAGACACAAUGAUUUAAUAGACUUGUGUGAUGUCAACUCUGAAAUCUCUUUGUUUUCUGAAGUUCGCCCAAGUACAGAAGAUGAUAUUCUUGAGUUGUUUGAUCCAUUAAUUGUUGAAAGUAGGCAUAAAGAAAAAGAAAAAGAUUUACAGGUUCUUUCUAAACGGCUUUUGCAUACUUCUGUGGACACCUGUGAGCAAAUGCAUAACAAAGGUUAUAAUGAUAAGAAUCUUGCAGAUUUUUCUUCUAGUGAUAGUGAGAAUUCAGAAAUUGAAGAAAAGCCCAAGUCUUCUUUCAACACAACAUGCAAAGAAGGCUUUAGUAUUAAUUUCUCUGAAAAUUCCAAUCUGAAAAAUCCAAAAGAAAUUGGUAGUGGAGAAAAUAUUUGGAUAUUGAAAAAAGAUAACAUAUUUAGCACUGAGCUAAUUACUUUUUGUGCUGAACUGAAACAGUUACGAUCAGAAUUUACAUAUAAUGAUCAUAACACAAAUGAAGGGCUAGUUAUUAGUGCAGUUUUAGAGAAUAAACACAAUUCUUCAUACAAUGUAAAAUUAGAAAUUUGCUCUGAAUUGUAUGUUGGACCCAUCUCAUUUACCUGUGACAUGGGAACAAGCAUUGAACAUGUCAUUAGUCAUGUUGUGUGCAGUAUUUUUGGUGAUGUUACAGAUUUAAGUGUGGAAAAUUUUAUUUUGAAGGUCCAUGGUCUUGCAGAAUAUCUGACAUGUGAUUCUACUCUAGCUGAUUAUGAAUAUGUUCAUUAUUGCCGGAAACACGAUGAACCUGUUUGUCUUCAAUUUAUUGAAUUCAAGGAUUUAAAGCAUCCAUUAGCUAGAACCCUUCAAGAUGAUACUAAAGUCUUGGAUAUUAAACCUACUAACUUGUCUCUCAGAUCUUCUUUGAUUGUCAGUUUUAAAGCAGUUAACAUUGUUAUGGAAACCCUAAAGAAUGAAGUAGGAAAGCUGAAAGAGCUUGCUAAGAAUCUUAAACAAGAUAUUUUACAGCCUUUAGGUGUAAUUCAGGCAGUGAAAGCAAUGUGUUUGCUGUUAUUUCAUGUGGAAACAACGGAGAUAAGUGAUUCUCUUCAGAACCUGAAAGGAUUCUGUAAAACAUUUGGACAAUCAGGAUGUCAGAUGGAUUUCCUUCUUUCACAGGAAGAAAGUUCAAGUGAACACACUACUGCUGUUCAGUCAAUGCACACUGUCAAGGAUAACACAUACAUGUAUGAUCAAUUUCACCAAAGACUUGAGUUAAUUGUUAAUCAGUUAUAUGGAUCAGUGUACCAGCUUCUUGCUAUGUUCUGCCAAGCAUAUGAGGUGGAUUUCAUAGUGGAAUCUCCUUUAGCUUUAAAAUUAAAACCAAGUGGUAUGAAAGAUGCUACAAGUAUAUUGGAUACACUACUUGUUCAUGUAGGAUCAAUACACUGUUGCUUACCUCAAUGGGAAAGUAAUUUUGAUAAUUUUUCCAUUUUGUGUACAUUGUGUCAUGGAACUCAAGAGAUAGCAUCAGUGUCAACCCUUAAACCUGCUUUUGUUAAGAAAAGUUUUUUUGAUCGAAUUGUUUUUGAUGAAUGGCUUGAGUUUCAGACUGUCUGUCUUUGCAGGUUGCCUAGAGAAGCAAAAUUGUAUUUUACACUAACAGGUAUUGAAACUGUUAACGUAGAAUCCAGGCAAGUGGAAGCUGAUCAGAAAGAGAAAAUUGUUAUUGGGUGGUGUGGCAUAAAGCUAUUUAACUUUGAAGAUGAGCUUUGUCAGGGAGACUAUUUAUUAGGAUUCUGGUCUGAUGAAGUUAAAAAAGAAAUGGGACCAACAUUGUCGAAUCCAAGUUCCAAUUGCCCACUUUUGCAAAUUAGGUUUAACGAAUUUGAAAACAAAGUUGUCUUCCCUUGUGUUAUUCAGGGAGAUUUUGCCACAACUUACAAGGAUAUAGAUCAUCUAGACUUCAUUACUAGAAAGCAUCUUUUAGAGAUCGUACAGAAAGAUCAAUUUACUACAAUUUCUCAGGAAGAGAAGGAACUGUUGUGGGCCAAUCGCCAUUGCAUGUGUGGCAUUCCUGAAGCUCUUCCCAAGAUACUUCAAGCAGCUCAUGGAUGGGACUGGGCAUGUUUGUCUGAUAUUUAUUUUUUGCUACAAGAAUGGUGCCCUUUACCUCCAGUUCAUGCUUUGGUGUUGUUACUUGGUCAAUUUCCUGAUUUUAAAGUUCGUUACACUGCUGUCCAAUGGAUAAAAAAUGUGGGUUGUGAUGAACUAUGUGAUUACCUACCACAGCUUGUGCAAGCUCUACGCUUUGAAACCUGGGACAAUUCACCAUUAACUUGGUUCCUUUUGGAGCGCUCCUUGACCAGUGUUAGAGUGACACAUCAUCUUUAUUGGCUUCUCAAACAAAACAUAGAUGAUCCUCUUGUUGGCAGAAGAAUGCAGUUGAUAAUGAAUGCUUUACUUGCUAUAUCAGGGAAGGCCAUGAGAAAAUUGUUCAAAAACCAAGAAUCUUUGUUAAAUAGUUUGUCAGACAUUGCUGAUCAAAUCAAGGAUGCUAAAGAUUCCAUACGAUUGCCUACCUUGCUUCAAGGGUUAGAAUCAGUUCAUCACAGCCUUGUAGAUGAACCCACUGUACUUCCACUGAGCCCCAGUCUUGAAGUUUGUGGAUUAGAUGUACAGUGCUGUAGCUACUUCACCUCUAACACACUUCCACUAAAGCUUGUUUUUAAAAGCCCAGAUAAAGGGGCAAAAUCAGUGGAAGCUAUUUACAAGGCUGGGGACGACCUACGUCAAGACAUGCUGACUAUUCAAAUGAUAAGAAUUAUGGACAAAAUAUGGCUGAAGGAAGAACUAGACUUAAAGAUUAUCACUUUUACAUGCAUACCUACAGCAGUAAAAAAGGGCAUUGUAGAAAUGGUAACAGAAGCUGAAACAUUACGAAAAAUUCAAACUGAACAUGGCUUGACAGGCUCGUUCAAAGAUUGUUCUAUAGCAGAAUGGCUUCAAAAGCAUAGCACUUCUGAACUUGAAUAUCAGCAAGCAGUUGAAAACUUCACACUUUCUUGUGCUGGAUAUUGUGUUGCCACAUACAUUCUGGGAAUAUGUGAUAGACACAAUGAUAAUAUAAUGUUAAAGACAUCAGGACAUGUGUUUCACAUUGAUUUUGGAAAGUUCCUAGGUGAUGCACAGACAUUUGGAAACAUAAAAAGAGAUCGUACACCCUUUAUCUUAACCUCAGACAUGGUUUAUGUUAUUAAUGGUGGUGACAAACCGUCAGAAAAGUUUCAAAAUUUUAUAGAUAUUUGUUGCCAAGCUUUUAAUAUCAUCCGUAAACAGAGAAAUACUUUACUGAAUCUCUUCUCUUUAAUGGCUGCAUCUGGUAUCCCUGGAGUUACAGAGAAUGCUGUUUACUAUGUACAAAAUAAACUUCUACCCCAGUUUACUGAAGCUCGUGCUACUGAAAAGUUCACACGGAUGAUUGAAGAGUGCUUGAAAUCCAGGUUUAUUCAGUUUAAUUUUUUUAUUCACAGUUUGGCACAGCGACGAUUCACAGGGGAUCAUAAUGAUCAGCUGUUGUUGUCUUUCAGUGCUAAGACUUUUACUAAACAUACUGAUGGGUGUAUCAAAUCUGUUGAGAUGAUAUCUUGCCAGAAGCGAUAUGAUCCAGAGAAGUACUAUGUUUAUGAACUCAAAGUUACACGCGAAAAUGUCAGUCAUUCAAUGAAUGUUUAUCGUACGUAUCGAGAAUUCUGGGAAUUUCAUCAGAAGUUGUGCAUGAUGUUUCCGUUAGCAAAGUUCCAUCCUUUACCACGAGGAUCUUUUGUUGGCCGGUCCAACAUUAGAGAGGUUGCUGAACAAAGAAGGGUUGAAAUUGAUUUAUUUUUGAAACAACUUCUGAAAAUGGCCGAAGAAAUAGCACACUGCUCAUUGGUUUAUACUUUUUUUCAUCCUAUUCUUAGAGAUCAAGAUGGUCGCUUGACUCAGAAUGUUAUACCAAGAGGUACAAACAUACUAACUCAAGAACAAGAGUCAUUUGUUGGAGUAAAAAGUGAAGUGAAGCUUUCCAUUAUAUACAAGAACAAUAGUCUUUUUGUGAUGGUGAUGCAUGCCAAAAACCUCAGGUCUUCUAAAUAUAGUGCUCCUGACUCCUAUGUGAAAACAUACUUGAUUCCUGAUCCACAUAAACUAACAAAAAGAAAAACAAAAGUUGUGUUUAAGAGUACACACCCAACAUUCAUGGAAAUGCUUGUUUAUGGCCUUCCCCUGAAUGUUGUAAAAAAACGUACUCUUCAUCUAUCUGUAUGGAAUUUUGACAGAGUGCAAGAAAAUGCAUUUUUGGGCUCAACUACAAUUUCCCUUGAAGAGCUAAAUUUAUUGAAGGAAAAUGUCAAGUGGUAUCCUCUAAAUAGCGUAUCUCAGUAGAAAUUAAAUGAUGCUCUCGUGCCUUUUUCAUUUAAAAGACAUAAGAAUUGCAUUUUCUGUUUUUGGAUAUUAGCUAUUGAGUAAUAUUUUAUUCGUGAUAUUUUCUGUUGAUAAAAGUGCAGUAUUAAACUAAUCAAUUGAAGAUGUACAUUACUGAAAUUAUAACACACUUUUGUCCCUUCAUCUAUUUUAAAUAUACAUUCAUAUGAAAUAUAGUUGGAUAGAAAGUUUAUUUUGUAAGAAAAAUAUAUUUUUUUCUUAUAAGAUAUACAUAGAUGUCUUGGUUAUGGUAUAUUGUUGCUAAUUCUUUCACUUUUUUUGGUAAUAUCAGUGCUUUAAAUGUAACCAACUCCAUACAGACUUGUGUUUCAAUGCAGAUACUGAGCAUUCUGAGAAAUGGCUAUCAUGCUGUUGCUUCUGCUAAGUUCGAUCGAGUCUUUGGGCUCCUCAUCUUCUAUCCACCUAGAUAGAAAUGCAAGUUAUUUCUCAGCACACGACUUUUAAUAUCUGAAAAUAUUGGAGGUCAGUAGGCAAGAAAUAAUUGUAUAUUUGAAGGCAUUUUUUUAGGGAGUGUAUAGAAGUUAAGGUCAAAGAAGCAUACUUAUUUAGAAAUAUUGUAUAGGACAAAUUAUGUAGUGUGUUUUGCAUGCAGUAUUCAUAAACACUGUAGUUCCUAAGUAAGAAAAAAAUAUUUUUUUUGAAGUUGUAAAAGUAUGUGUAUUUUGAAAGCAGUGUAUAUUUAUGAAUUUUCAAGUUUUCCAAAAAUUUGUAGGAGUUUCGAAACAACUUUUAAAAUACCAAGAAACCGUCAGUAAAUGAAAUGUGUAGUCAUCAACUUCACAUGUGAUAUUAUUAUUAAUCAAAAUUAACCAACAUUGUAAGAAUUGUAAGGUUGUAUUUAUUAGAUUUAAUGUAAUUAUUCAUAUAAUCAUUUUUAAAAAAUGUGUUUCAUCCUACACAGUACAUAUCUAAACAAGAUACAAAUCUAGAUGGAUAAAAAUAUAUUAAGUGAUACAACAAAAGUGAUACUUUGUUUAUAUCUUUCCAUCAGUUUCAAUGUACCACUUUAAAACAAAUCAUCUGUCUUUAAUGCAUGAAUUGUAAUACUUCCUUUAUGAACAAUGUAUAAAAGGAUUUGUUUGAUUUACUGGAAAAUAUCAAAUAAAAAGAUAAAGUAGUAGUUUUUUUUAUAGCACCACAUAAGAUUUACAAUUAUUAUAAUGGUAUACACAGUUAUCUAUGAUAUGCAAGUGUAUUUAUAUGUCAGUAAGCACAAAUAUAUCUAUCAAGGGUAAAAAAAAUGUAGGAAUGAUUUUAUUUUUUACAAUAUAUAUAAUGUAUAAAUUUAAUUCUUAUGGGUAUGAGUAAGGGUCCAACACAAUAUUUGGUUAAUGUUGAAUUUACUAGUUGAUGUAUUUAUCACCAGUUUAUAUGCAUUUAAAUAUAAAAUAGCUUUAUGUACAGAUAUAUAUAUAUAUUGUGAAUCUGUUUGAGAACUUACAUUUAAGAAUUGUGUAAGUCACUAAACAUAGUGCUCUUUCUAGGAUGAGAUCAUGGAGUUAAAGUAGCAUUGAAGAAAAACUUCCAAUUAGUUUAAAUAUAUUCAUUCAUAUUUUGAAUAUUUUCUAAAGUUCACAAACAUUUAAUGAUUUUGUAUUUGAAAUUUUUUUUUAAUAUUUCAAAAUGGAUAAUGCUGAGUAUAACCUGAAUUAUAACGCGUUUAAAAUGGAUAAUGCUGAGUAUAACCUGAAUUAUAACGCGUUUUACACACAUUUUCUAUACAACAUUGUUAAUAAUAUUUCAUGAAUAUUUAUAAAUUUAUGUCUUUAAAUACAUAAAAGCUCGUCCGUCAUGAACCUAACUAUGCAAAACUUUAAUGUAUUUUGCUAAAAUCUGAUGCUAAAAUUUAAUUGGGAGUUUUGCGUAAAAUCAAUUAAUGUAUCUUGGCAUUAAAAAAUCAUUUUCAUUUUGUAGUACUGUGAUGCCAAUAUGACACAACAUGUAGUGUUUACUUCUUUACACCUUGUUACGUUAAACUCCAAACCCUUUGACAAUAAAUGUUAGCCUACCUAAGUGAAUUAAUAUAUAUAUAUUACCAAUAAUUCCAUUUAUCAAGUGAUAUUAUAAUCAGUUAGCAAGUAAAAUCCUUGUAAAGGUCCAUUUGAAUUGAUCCAAAUAUUUGACUUUAAGUAACUUAAUUUGGGACCUUAAUCAUGAUGUGUAAGUAAGAUUAAUCAUCGAACAGUAUUGUAUUGAGAAUUAGUACUACUUUGAAAAGGCAGUUCUAAUUUCAUUCUUAUUGCAUUUAAAGACCCAGCUGGUAACAAAAUGGUCGAAAUAUGCAUUCAGCAUUGCAAACUAAAGUUCUGUGUUUCAUUUAAAAAUUUAAAUGUUAGAUAGUGUUUGUAAUGUACUUUUUUUUAAAAUACAUGUUUUAUAUCAAUAUUGAAUAUUUUGUGAACUGUUUACAAACGUUCUAUAAGGUUUUAUAGUAACAUUACUGAUUUUUCAUUUGAGAGUUUAAUAUAAUGAAUAAUAUGGUCUUUACUUUGUCAUUACUUUGACAACUUGGAAUGUCUAAUAUUGGGCAGUUUAAUGAGUUGCUUUACAUGUGUCUGAUAAGUAAUAGAAUGAACAGAGCAAUGUCAUGACUUUAGAUUCAUGGUAUUUUCUUACCUAGACAUGUACAGAAGUAUUUCAUUUUUCUGGUUUUAAGUUUUGUAAGAAUUGUAAAUAUUAAUGAAAACUAGUUUAUGAGAACUAACCAACUAAUGAAAGGAAUUAAUACUUGUGUUACAUCCAUUAAAACCUGAUAUAGAUAUCAACAAAUCAGCUGUUCAUUUCUUGUAAGAAUGAAGGUUCGUGUUGCCAUCCUGAGUGAUAUUUUAACAGUAUUACUAAAUCAAAAUCAAGUAUAGAAAUUGUCCUUUUUAUCAAGCAUUUAAAUGUAUAUGAAAAGGUUUUGUUCCUUUCUUACAUAGAUACAUACUUUUGCAAAUGUAUAGCACUUAAUAAAAUUUCUAUUUAAUAACUGGUUACUGGUUUUAUCCCUAUUACUACAGUAUACCUAGAGGUUUAUUGUGAAUAACUUUUACAUAUAUUAACAAAUGGUAUUCUUGAGGAAAAAUAAGCAUUUUGCAUUAAAUGAACAAUUGUUAUUCAUGGUUUUUAUUUUAGUGAGAGUUUAUCAUUCCAUUUGUUUUAUGGGGUUUUAAGCCCCCAGAAGACUUAAAUGCUAGAAAACGACUUUUGGUACCACUUUUGAUCAGAUUCCUUUCUUCUGAAUUUUCAACAUUCCACCACAUUCUUUUUUAUACAAAAGUACAUGUAUUGUUAAAAAGUAUGUAACUUGCAGAAAGCUGAGCAAUUGACUCAGUUAAUUGAAAUAAUAAAAUGAUUGUCAUAAAAAUUUUCAACUAAUGUUUCUGAUUAUUACAGUUUUUAAUUAUUCUGACUGUCCACUAAUCAAAAUUGUGAUUAAAUCAAUUAAAGCCUUGAAAGUAAUCAACUAAUACAAAUUUGUGUCUCCAAUUAAUACUGUUUUUGAUUAUUUUAACUAUCCAGGUACCGUAUUUUUCGGAAUAUAA